AUGUUAGAAAAUAAUCAUGAAAAUAAACAAGAACAACCAAUUCAAGAGGAGAUCAGCUUACUUCAAAAAGAGCCAAUAACACAAAACAAUACAAUAAACGUUCAACAAGAAGUAUUUUCUGAUCUGGAUAUUAGUGAUGUUGACAACCAUAUGACUGACCUCGAUACUCUACUCCAAGAGAAAAAAAAUCAAGAAAACUCAAUCAUAGCUAAUAAUAUAACAGACAAUAUACAACAAGA